AAAAGAUUUGGUCUCAUUGAAUUUAAUACGCUUGUGUCGUAGGUUACAAUUUUAGACCCACGCUUAAAAAAUCAUUUCCCAGAUGCAAUUGCAUGUGUAAGGGUAAUACAAAAAUUAAGAAACAUCGUUAAAGAAGAUUCACAGCUUCAACUAGUGGAUCUGAAGAAGAAACUUCGGCUGAAGAUUUUGACUUUUAGUUUCACAAUAAACAACUAGCAGUGGGCCAAAAGUAGCGAUGUGCCAGCUCAAAAACUGAUGAAGUGUCAAUAUAUUUGGCUAAUCCUGUUUGCUCAUUAAAAGCCAACCCAUUAGAAGAAUGGGAAGAAUUAAAACAUGUAUUUCCAACGCUAUGCAGACAAGCGCGAAUGUAUAUGCACAUUGUUGGUACCUCUGUACCUUGCGAGAGAUUGUUUUAAAAAAGCUGGUGCAACAAUCACUGCAUCGAUAAACUAUUUAACAGGAAAACGCCUCGAAAAAUUAUUAUUCUUGGGGAGUAUGUCUAAAGCAGAGUUUUUUCUUAGUCUAAUUUUUUGAAUUCAUUAAUAAACAUAAUAUUAAAACUGCUGUUAUGUUUUGUUUGAAAAAACAACAGAUAUAUUCGAUACAAGUAAAUAUCGAUACUUUUCAUACGAUAUCGAGUAGUUAUCGAUACUUUACGGCCGACAGGGUGUCGAGUGAAAGUAUCGAUACCUCUGGAGUAUCGUUUCAUCCCUAAGUGAAUAAUAUUUUUAUUUUAAAAAAAUGUUGAGUGCUCCUAAUUUCCGCGCUAUUAAGGCAGUGAAAAAAUUGACGGAAAUAUCUGAUGCUUCAUACGUGAGUCCAGGAAAUAAUCAAAAUAGCAGUGACAAACCAGAUCGACGACUAUGCUCAAUAUGUCGUUCAGUGCCACAAAAAUACGUGUGCCCGCGGUGCAAUGCCCCGUAUUGUUCACUUCCGUGCUACAAGUCGCCAGCCCAUUCAAACUGCUCGGAGGCGUUCUACCGGGAGUGCGUGAUGGAAGAAAUGAAGAGCUCUCCCGUGAACCCCAAACCAGCAGAGGAAAUGUUGCAGCGGGCCUACGAAAUGUCGCAGCAGGAGCCAGACAUCGGCGAUAUAUUUGCGGACGAUGACCCCUCCAGCAGUGAUGACGAGGAAUCGGCGAGUAGUCACGCAAAGCAGUGAUGAGGCUACGAUCCUUUUGUACUUUUACUAUGACUGAAGUCUGCGAGAUUGAAAUGUUUUAAACUGAACAGGGUGUAAGGACUAUAAGAGAGUAUUGUUACCAGAAUGUUAGUUCUAAAAUUAUUAUUUUAGUAGAAAUCUACCCUCUGGGUUGACAUAAACUUUUCAACUCAUUACCUUUAUAACUAUGAAAUAAACAUCAUAUUUGUAGUAUUUUUUUUGUACAAAAUGAAUACUUACUCAUUUACUCUACUUUUAUUUAAUUUUCACUCAUUGGUCAGGUUUGUGAGUUGCAUCCAAAUAAGAAAUUUCCACAGUUCGAAAAAGUCUGGUCACAACGAUGCAAAUAUAUUUCAGUUUACAAGGGCAUUGUAAAAAUUUUUUACAUUUUAAUUUAUUGUACUAUUAAACUUUGAGUUUUUACUUUA